AUGCGACCGAUCGGCCUCCGACGGCGGCCGGGGCCGGCGUCCACGCCCGCCCCGCCAGGCACUCGGCCGAUUUCGUCCUUCCUGGCGCCCAAGCCGCAGGGUCCCGGGCCGGCCGGUGGGGCGACCGAGCAGGCAACCGCCGGCGUCGCCCCGUCGGCGAUCGGUCCGCCGGCCCCGGCCGAUGCUGCCGGGCCGGCUGCCCCGUUGCCGCUCGACCGGCCCCCGGCCCCGGAGCAUGAGUACCUCCUGCGGUCGCUGAAUGAGGAGCAGCGCACCGCGGUGGUGGCCAAUCCGGACGGCGUGCUGAUCAUCCUCGCCGGCCCGGGCACCGGCAAAACACGCACCAUCACUCACCGCCUGGCGUACUUGCUGUCCGCGUGUCGACUGCCGCCGGCCUCGCUGGUGAUGGUGACCUUCACCAAGAAAGCUGCCGAGGAGUUGAAGUCCCGCACGCGGGCCCUGCUCGGGGCCUCCUUCCCACCGGGGAUCAUCAUCGGCACCUUCCACAAUGUGUGUAACCACUUCCUGCGGCUGCACCAUCGGCUGGUCGGGCUGCAGGCCAACUUCCGCCUCAUCGAUGAGCACACCUCCAGACGGUACAUGCUGGACGUGUGCUCGGCUCUUGGGCAGCGCCUGCCGCUGGACCAACUGUCGGCCUUCAUCACCGAAGUCAAGCGCCACCCCCGCGGCCCGGAGGACUAUCUCUCCCUGUCGGCCUCCAAGUAUGACCAGGAGUUCGCCACCUUCUCCCAGGCGUACCGGGCAUAUGCUGCCCGCUGUCGCGAAGCCAAUGUCAUCGACUUCGAAGACUCGCUCAUCCUCGGGGAGCGACUCUUCAAGCAGCAUCCGGAGGUCUUGCAGGGCGUUCGCCAUGUGCUGGUUGACGAGUUCCAAGAUACAUGUGACAUUCAAUUUUCCCUGACCUGUCUCCUGGCAGGGGCCGAGACCACGCGCGUGGUUUCGCCCACUGGGGCAUCCUCCAGCCUGGUGAAGGCCUCUCCGGAGAUUGAGAUUGCCUCAAGCGGGGCCGCCCGGCGUCGUGGGGCCUUGACCAUCGUCGGCGACCCGGACCAGUCGAUCUACGGCUUCCGCAAAGCCAAUGUCCACCAUCUGACGCGCGGCCUGGGGCGCAUCUACGGGGCGGCCCUGCGAACGGUGGAGCUCGGCACCAAUUACCGCUCCAGCGGCUGCAUUGUGGCCGCUUCGCGGGUUGUCAUCGAGCAAGACACCGAGCGCAAGAAGCGCGACUUGCGCUCGGCCUUUGGCAGCGUGCCGGCGGAGGCUCUGCCCCGGCGGGGCGCCUUCGCCUCGCAGGCCCCCCUGCCGGGGGGCUUGUGUCCCUCGCUCGGGCCGCCGGUGGCCGUGUGUAGCCUGUCCACGCCCGGCACCGAGGCCACCUUCAUCGGGUGCGAGAUUAAGCGGCUGAUUGAGGCCAGCCAGGGGCUGCUCAGCUUCUCGGACAUGUGCGUGCUGGUCCGCGAGAACCGGCAGUUCCAGGAGAUCGAGCAGGCGCUCAGCCGCCUGGGCAUCCCCCACACGCGGAGCUCCGACACCCGGGUUGACCGGUCGGCCUUCGGGUCGGCCGAUGCGCGCGUCCUCCACGGGUAUCUGGCCGUGGGCAUGUUCCUGGCUCUGGCGGAGUCCGGGCUUCGCUCGGCGGCCGAGAUCAUCUUUCCCCGGGCUCGGCUCAACGCUGCCUUCUGCCAGUCGGUCAACUCGCCGUCGAGGAUGAUCGGCCCCUCGGCGUUGGACGACUUGCGCAUCCUGGCUGGGUCCCUGCCGGCCCCGGGCUCCGGUGCCAACAUGCUGGAUGCGGCGCGGGUGCUGUGCGACCGGGCCCCGGGGGUGGGUGUCGCCGUGGCCGUGGGCGUGGCCGGCCCCGACGCCCCCAUGGCCCCGGGGUCCCAGGCUGGCGAGGGCACGCCUGCCGUCGGGCGCAAUGCCUUCGAUGUGCUCCGUGCCUCGGCCGGCCAGCGGCCCGCCGCCCCCUCGGAGCCGAUCGGCGGCAAAGCCGGCAUCCCGCCGGCCGCCCUGGCUGGCUGGCUGGCUGAGCGCCGGUCCCUGCGCGAGCGCCUCAACCCCUUCCUGGAUGUGGUGGACGCGGUGGCGGGUCUGCUGCGAGCAUCGCCCCCGGUCGGGGCCACCGGCCAGUCGGUGGGCGCGCGGCUGCUUUCCCUGGUUGACACGGCCCUGUCGCGCUCUGGCCAGCCGAUCUCCAGCGAGUGUGGAGGGCGUGCGGAGCUCGACAAGCAGAUCACUGCCUGGGCCUCGGGCUUCGAUAGGCAGGCCGCGCGGGGUUGCUUCUCCCAGUCGGCCAGCGACCGGGCUGGCUUCACACAGCCGGCCACCGGGUCUUGCUGGUGUUCUGGCAGCGGGCCCGAUGCGGGCGCCUCCCUUCCGGGCGUCUGUCGCACGGCGUCGCAGCUGUCGCCCGACCAGCUGGCCCUGGCGGCCAUGCUCGCCCGCUGGGAGCUCGAGCACCAGGCCCAGCAGCGCCGUGGCCAGGCCCUGAAUGCCGUUGCCAUGAGCUCUCUCCACUCGGCCAAGGGCCUCGAGUGGCCGGUGGUCUUCAUCGCCGGUGUCGAGGAGGGCUUCCUUCCACACCGGCUGACGGUGAAUGCCUCGACCGGCGGUGAUGUCGAAGCCGCCGAGGAUUCCCUGUGCGAGGAGCUGCGCCUGCUGUAUGUGGGCAUGACGCGCGCGCAGGCCGGCCUUUACUUGACCUCCUCCUCGUACCAUUGCUCGCGUGGCGAGUCGCAGUGGCCGCCGAUGUCGCGGUUCCUGCGGGACCUGAACUUCCCGGCGGCCGGGUGCGGCGGGUCGCACCUGCUCAAAUCCGCGCACUUCAUGCAGCAGGCCCUGGCGCAGCUGGGCCCCGCCGGGUUGGAGUCCGGGCCGCCGGCGGAGCCGGCUGCCUCCGGGCCACGUGCCUCCCGGCUGGGCCCGCUUCCGGAUGUGGCGGCCUUCCGGAACCGGUCCCUGAGCCGUCGCAACCAGCUGGACGCGGUGUUGGCUCGAUCUGGGACGCCCUUUUGCCAAAGCACCCCGCCGACCCUCUCUCCGGCCAUUUUGCAUGGGCUUGGGUGGCUUCUCCGGCGGCCGGUUCCCCCGGGGGCCUUUGCCGCUUCCUGUGCCGGGUACUUGGCGCCCGACCUGGGGGCCUUCAUUGGGGAGGAGCGUUCGGCCCCGGCGGCCUCCGGUGGCGAGGGCCCCGGUGCGGCCGACCCGCGCGACGCCUGGGCCCUCGGCCUGGCGGCCGGGCUGCUGGAUGCGGGCGAUGGCCAUGGCGACCCGGGGCUCCAGCCCUCCGGGGGGGAGACCUUCUCCGGGUUCCAGAGCGCCUCCUCGGCCUUCGGCCGCAGCAGCAGCAGCAGCGCCAGCGCCAGCAGCGGCAGCGGCACCAGCGCCGGCGCCGGCGCCGGCCCGGGCGGGUCCUUCGUCCGGGCAAGCAGUCUGGGCGGCGUCGCGGCCGGUGGCCAGGCCACCGGCUUCCGGCAGGCGUCUCGGCUCGGCACUUCGCAGCCCGGGCCCGGGGCCGGUGCUGACAGUCCCUUUGGCUUCCGUAGUGCGCAGGUGGUGGACUUCACGCGCCCCGGGGGGCCGGUCAUCACGCAUGGGCCGCAUGCUGGCCAGGCGCCGGGUCCCUUCGGGGCCCUGGCCCCCGCAAGCGAUGCCCUCUCGUCCGGCGCCCGGAUCCCGGCCAUGGCUUCGCCCUCGUGGUUUGACCCGUUCGCCGCGACCUGCGCCCUUCGUGGGAGCCAGCGCCGCGGCGAGCAGGCCGACACCAAGGACGGCCUUGCUGCCGGCCGGCAGCGGGCGGCCGAGCCGGCCCCCACGUCCUCCUUUGGCCACAUGCCGGUGAUGACCUUCAGCCGGCAGCAGCGGGGGGUCGUGACCGAGGCGCCGCGACCGGCACCCGGGUCCGGUACCGCUGCCGGGCCCAUGCGAUCCCUCCUGUCGACACGGCCACUGGCGACCGCGGCCUCGGCCACGGCCACUGCCGCCGCCGCCGCCGCCGCCGCCGAGGGGGAGCUUGUCGACCUGACGGAGCCCGGGGCGCCGGGCGCGGGCUCGCCUCGGCGGCGCCCCCCGCGCACGCGCGAGGAGCGCGAGCGCCAGAUGCUGGAGGUGCUGAAGCGCCGACGCGAGGCCCCGCCCAGCCCUCCGGCCGCCGGGGAGGAUUCCCUGUCCUCGGACUCGGACGAUGACUUUGCCCUGUACGGCGAGGAGGACAACGAGUUUGACUUCGACACCGGGACCAUGCGGCAAUCGGCGGCCGCGAGGCGGCGCGUUCGGUCGGUGGCCGGCCGGGCCGCGGACCCCGGGUGUGUGGCUACCGUCAUGGCCAGCACCGGCGGCAGGCUGGAGCCUCCCGGGGUGGGGACGGCCCCGCGGCCGCGCCCCAGUCCCGGCCCCCCCGGCGGCCCGCCUCCCCUGCGGCAGGCACAUCGGCCCCUGAGCAACUGGGGACACACGGCCGCCUCGGCCUCCAGCACCGCGUCCACCGGCGGCCGGCGGCCCAUCGGCUCUUCGCAGCAGUACUCCUCCGCCUUCCGGUCGGCCGGGUCCUUCUCCCAGCCCCGUGACGCCUGGCGCUCGCGGCCACCCUGA